CGGCCGCUUUAUCGUUUUGUAGCCAGAAAAAUGAAUUUGGAACCGAUAAAUAAUGCUCUCUCCCAGUUGCGCGUGUUGCGAUCAAGUGUUGGACAGGUUUUCGAAUCGUUAGGCAAUGGCGUACGCGCUGAUCAUGGUGAAGAAGGCAAGGAACAGAAGUUUCUUCAGGAGCUGCAGGAGCUGCUUAACUCAGUUAAUGCCAACUUGAAAGAAUUUGAAUCAUGUGUUAGUGAUCUAACUCCGCCACAAGCUCCACUCAACCUGGCCAACUCGGCGUACCUGUCGUUGGAAACGAACCUCGAACGCCAAGCCUUGUAUCCGCAUCUGGUGCAGAGCUACAAAUGGCACGACAAGCUGCACGAAUACAGCACAUUUGCAUCGACCUUGCUGCAGCAGAAUUCACUGAAACGGUCCUACUACACAAACACCAAACGGCGUCGUUCGCUUCCAUCCAGCCAUCUGGCCACGCCGCAAAUGGUGGACAAUCUGAUCGGAAGUAUUCAUUACAACAACAUGAACCUGAAGAUCGUACGUCCGUUUAUGACGAACGCAAUAUUGCACAUUACUAUCGCCCGUGUUUUGCGAGCUGCGGUUAUUCUUAAAGGGUUGCUGAUUGAAUGGGUAACGGUGAAAGGAUACGAAGAAUCACUGCUAGAUGGUGUCGAUGAGCAUUGGACUGAGUCAAGGCAUCACGUUUUUCGCAAGGUUCAAGAUCACGCCCAUUCCGCAAUGCUGCACUUUUUCUCGCCCACGCUUCCGGAAUUGGCUAUCAGAAGUUUUAUUACUUGGUUCAGAAGCUAUGUAACGCUGUUUGCUGAUCCUUGUAAGAAAUGUGGGAAACAUCUGCACAAUACGCUUCCCCCGACCUGGAGAGACUUGCGAACCCUCGAGCCGUUCCAUGAAGAGUGCAAACAGUAAACCAAUAAUAUAAUUUAAAAAAAAACAUCUUUACAAGUAAUUCG